UCUGAAGUUGGACGGGAGGUUCGGGUGAUUGUGGGCAUCGGGUAGGACCUGGACCGUUGGCAGACUGCAAAAGCUUCUUAAAUCCUCAGUUUAAGCGGCAGGUGCUGAAUGAAGUACUAAAGGAAAUUUCAACGGUCCAUUUUCAGCGUGCUGAACAAGUCCACGUCCUGCUCGCUGCAGUAAACGGUCGCCAGUUGCUGCAGAAACGGGCUUUAAAAAGGGAGGGGUUUCAAAUGAGGAAACCCUGACCUCACCUAAAGAUCUGAGUGGAUCACAGUUCAUCAGAAUUUGAAUAAUCUUGGUCUUUGAAGGUGAAAAAAAAGAAAUGCUAAUGGUUCUGUCUGUCAGAAAAGAAUUCAAAACAUCAGUUUGACUGGGAAAGCACGGAAUACAUACCCAACUGCUGUCUUAUCAAAAGAAGGUCAACCUGUAGCCUCAAGGCAGAAACCUUUCCUGUGCUCUGUGUGGUGUAGCUUCUGCCGAUCAUCCAGUCUGGGGAGAGACAUGGACACCUGCAGUUUGGAGAAGCUGUGGAAAUGUGGGGAUUGUGAUAAGGGAUUCAGUUACCAAUCCGAGUUGGAUAUUCACUUACGCAGUCACACCAGGGAAAGGCCAUUCACCUGCUCUGUGUGUGGAAAGGGAUUCACUCACUCAUCUCAACUUGAUGAUCACCAAUUUGUUCAUGCCAACCCGAUUCCUCUUAAAUGUCCUGCUUGUGAGAAGAACUUUAAAAGCACCAAUCAUUUGCUGAAUCAGCAGUAUAUUGACUCCAGGGAGAGGCCAUUCAUGUGCUCUGUCUGUGGGGACAGAUUCACUAAAUCAUCCCAUCUUCUGACACACCAGCACACUCAUACUGGCGAGAAGCCCUUUACCUGCUCCUUUUGUGGGAAGGGAUUUACUCUGUCAUUCAAUCUACUGAGGCACCAGUAUACUCACACUGGGGAGAGGCCAUUCACCUGCUUCAUGUGUGAAGAGGCAUUCGCUCACUCAUCUGCCCUCCAAGCACACCAGUUAACACAUGAUGAGGAAAGUUUGUUUAUAUGUCCUGACUGUGGGAAAAGCUUCAGAACUUCUGAGAUACUGAUUAGGCACCAGCUCUUGCACACUGAUGAGGGACCAUUCAGUUGCUGUUACCCUGGGAAGAGGUUCACCCAACCGUUUAAGGUGAUUGCUCACCGCUAUACUCAGGCUAUGGAGGGAACAUUUACCCGCUCUGUGUCUGGGAAAGAAGUUGCUCAGUUACCCCACUUUGUGAGACCACAAUACACUCCCACUGGGAACAGGCAACAUACGGUCACCAUGUGUGAAAAGAACGAUGUUCAGUCAUCCCAGCAGUUGGCACAGCAAUACACUCAAAAUGGGGAUAGUCAAUUCACCGACUCCAUACCAGAGAAGGAAUUCACCCAGUUUUCUCAUGCUCGCAGAGAGGGGAGGCUGUUUAUCUGCUCUGUAUGUGGAAAGGGAUUCACUCAGAGGUCCAACCUGCUGAAACACCAGCAGGUUCACUCUGAAUACAGACCGUAUAAAUGUUCUGACUGCAGGAGGAGCUUUAAAAGCAAACAGGAAGUACUGAAACACCGACGUAUCCAUACGGGGGAGAGGCCUUUCACCUGCUCUGUGUGUGGGAAGGGAUUCCCAUGGUCGUCCCAACUCCUGACACACUUACGAGUUCAUACAGGAGAGAGGCCUUUUACCUGUGCUGUGUGUGGAAAAGGAUUCACCCAGUCGUCAAACUUAAUGAAACAUCAGCGAGUUCACACUGGUGAGAGACCAUUUGUUUGCCCUGUUUGUGGGAAGGGAUUCAUUCAAUCGCAACACCUGCUAAAGCACCAGCGAGUUCAUGAGAGGCUGGAUGGGUUGGAUUCUGCCGGUAGUGCUGCUGUGGAACAGCAGAGGGCUAAUACUGUGGGCUAAUGUUGAGAUGUGCAAGAGGUGUCCUAUAGCCACCCUCUGCAAUUUCAGAGUUAGGCUGAAGAAUGGGGAGUGCUGAAAACAUGCUGCCAUGUUGGAGGUUGGUUUAAAGCAUUGACCUAUCCUGUAUGCUUUGUAUAAAAAGAACUGCUAUAAUUAUGAUGUGAAGAUGUGACAGGAUUGAGUGUACCAUGUAGACAAAACACAGAAAAGAUAACCUGUAUUUAUUUUAGUGGGUAGCUCAAUGUAGUAGCAUAAGUAGACAAUAUAGGAAAGUAUGGAUAAAAAACCGGAGAAGACGGUGUUAAUUGUAAACACGAUGUAGUCAGCAAUCCAAUAUACGUAUGUUAGUUUGGCCCAAGAGGAAUUUCAUGUACAAUUAUGCAGGUAUGCAUUUUAGGAAGACUGAGAAUGUUUUGGAGCAGGCAUUACAGUGCCUCUGGUUAUAGAUUAUGGUAAUGUGGAUAGACUGAAAAAGCUGUGUUUGACCUCCUUUGAGCAAAGAAGGCCAAUAAAAGAUUAGUUAUCUUAGUCUGAAUAAAGUCUUAUUGAUUCGUACAAAACAAGUGCUGCCUGUCUAGCUAUUUGCUGCAUUUUCUGUUUUUAUUUCAGAUGUCUAACACUGCAGUAUUUUGCAAUUGUUCUGGAUUAAUUUUUUGUGCAAUUGAACAUACUGAUAUAAAUAAAACAGGGAAUGUGGCUGGAAUCUAAUUGAGAGCUUCAACAGCUAUCAUAGGGGUGAGCAGAAGCCCAAGCACAACUUCCAGUCUGAAAUACGUACAAAGAGAUUGUGUGUUUACACGUAUAACAAGAGAAAUGAGGGAGUAAGUUGCAGAUUGGAAUCUAAAUUGAAGUGAUUAGGUUUUUAUAGAAAAUAAGGGGAUGUGCUGCAGGCUAAAAUCCAUUUUAGAGAUUUAGAGUUUAUACAAGGGAGUAAUUCCUUUGGACAAAUGAAGAUUUGGAAUGAUAUGCCAGAGGAUGCUGUAGAGGCAGAUACAGUUACAAUGUCUAAAAAGGUGUUUUGACAGGUGAGAAAGCAUAGCGAAAUAUGGGCUGAAUAAUGCCAAAGAGGACUAUCAUAUGUAACAUCACAUUUGGCAUGCUGAAGUGAGCCAAAAGGACCCAUUGCUGCACUCUACAAUUCUAUAUUGUGAAUAAAGUUUAUUUGUUUACUCUCAUCUAUUGGGACCCAAUACCUAUAGAUGACUAGAUGAGGUUUUACUCCGUUGCUGAUGAGCUGCAGAUGUGAAUAAUGGUGGAGCAUCAAUAUGACUUGUUUUGGAAUAGGUGGCACAGAGUAAUGGAGCAUUGGUUAUACAGAUUAGAGAACUUUAUGUUUUGGUAAUUAGAAUAAUUUUAAGGAUUUUAAGAGUUGUUCAUUUUUUUUCUAGAUUUAGUUGAAUGUUGCUUACUUACCUUUUAACAUAAACCAGUAGGGGCAUACAUGAAACUCUUAGAUAGGCACAUGGAUGAUAGAAAAACUGGAGGGCUAUGUAGGAGGGUAGGGUUAGAUUGAUCUUAGAGUAGGGUGAAUUGCGGCACAACAUCACAUUCUAUGUUCUUUGUUUAUAGUUUCUUUCACAAUGAUAUUGCCUAUUGUGGAAAAUUGCAGAAUUAAUUUGGUGGUUACCUCUAAUUACUGUCAGCAUCAGCCAACUCAGAUCUUUGGAAAUGUCCAUAGGUGGCUUUUACUAUUACAUUGGAAUGAAUAAUGUGGAGUCCAGAGCCACUGAAUACUGUGUUCACUGAUUAUAAAACUCAGGACCUGGACUUGUGGUGGGGGGGUGGAAUAUAAACAAAAUGGAAGAAAGAGAUCCUGUGUUUGUACUUCAAAGAAAUGUCAUUGCGGAGCUGUAGCACAGCUAGUAAAGUGGCUGCCUGACAGCCAGUGACUUGGGUACACUGCUGUCUGUGGUGUUUCUUUAUCCCUGUAAUCAUUUGGGUUUCAUCCAAUUCUAGUUUCCUUCCUCAUUCCAAAGUGGUGCUGAUUACCUAGCUACUAUAAAGUACCCGAAAUAUGACUAGUAGAACAUGAUGGGGUGGGCAGCACAUGGGACAAAUACAUAAAUCCUGCAAAUAAAAGUAUGGAACUGGCUGUUUAAUGGUUGGCAUUGAUACAGUGAGUGGUGAAGUUUACCUUCAUGGCUCAGCAGUGAAUUCAUAAAAAACACCUGAGGCAGCAAAUCAAAUCCUGAGCUUGAUAAAUGGACAAGAAUCAGUGACAUGGUUGGGUGGCAAGAAAGUAAGUGACAGGUGAGCAUUACAGAUUUUUUUUUCUCAAAAACAUUCCCUCCAAUUUCUAUCCCAGUACCACGUUGUAAAAACUUUAAUACCUUAAGAUUAACUAGAAUGAAUUAUAAUUUAAAAUUUAGAAGUAUGUAGGUAGUCGGAAAACAAAAUCAGUAAUAAUUUACAGCAGACAUUGGUGAUGCCGUAGUGAUGCAACUGGCAGAGCUGUUGCAUCAGAUCCAGCAACCCGGGUUCAAACCUGACCUUUGGUGCUGUCUGUGUAGUGUUUCCCUGGUCUGUCUGUGACUGUGUGGGUUUCCUGAAGAUGCUCUGGUUUCCACUUGAACCUCAAAGACAUGCAGGUUGAUAGGUUAAUUGGCCAGUAUAAGUUGCCCCAGGUGUGUAGGAGCGUGCUAAAAUAGUAGUAGCAUCUGGGGGCAUUUUCAUGAGAAAAUGAUAAAAUUUGAUGAUUUUCUCUUUGUAAUAAAAUCAGAUGAGAGUAACUGGGUGAUGGAUGGUGUAAAGCUAAAGGGCACAUUUCCUUGCUUUAUUCCUCUGUGACAUUGCACUGCUGAUUCUGUUUUGUUCUUUUGACAUGUUGGAGUUGGUCAACAUGGCAGUGAAUAUAUUGAAGACACAUAUUGAAGUAAGUUUCUGCAGUUCAAGGAAUUUCUAGUUAAUUAGUAAGAGUCUGAGCUUCAGAUUGUGAGCACUACAAAGAGUGAAAAAACUAACUGUACAUCUUGUUUCAAGAAGCAGUCAUGCCCCUUUGGUUAAGUACUGCUGAUAUGGUCAGUGGCUAGGGUCAGGAACGGUUUAUGUUUAACUUCUACAGAUGUGCUGUUGAAAGUGUCCUAACAUGUUCUGGUGUAGCAAUUCAAAUGAGAAGGAACAUAGGAAGCUGAAAAGAGUAGAGAACUCUGCCCAAUAUAUCACAAGCACAACACCAGCCCGUCAUUGGAGGGGCAGGAGCAUCGAUCAUCGAAGACCCCUGCAUUCCUGGCCAUGCUAUCUUUUCACAGCUAUCAGUGGGCGGGAGGUACAGAAGCUUGAAAUACCACAUCAGCAUUGAGUCAUAGAGAAAUACAGCACAGGAACAGGCCCUUCUGCCCAUCUGGUCUUUGCUGAGCACAACAUCCUUCCUGAUAGUUCUUUUUUUGUAACAAUUGUUUUUAAUGUAUGUUUUAUUUUAUAAAUGCUGCUUAUAUGAUGCUAUGUGCCUGUGAUGCAGCUGAAAGUAAGUUUGUUCAUUGCACCUGUCCAUUUAACAAUAAACUUAAGUUUGACUUUG